CGGUGGUUUUGGCAUCUAAUCUUUGAUAGGCUGCCACAACAAGGGAAGGAUUCAUUUGGUUUUGCUUGUAGGACGGUGGUUUUGGCAUCUAUACGAGUUGCAAAUACAUACAGCUGCUUAGAAUUGGGAGGUUGCCGAUACAUACAGCAAGGUCUCUACAAUGCUUAGCCGAUUGAACUUCGGAAUAAGAUACCGUAUAUCUUACGGGAAAUGGUCUUCAAUUGCUUCAAGCACGUACGAAGGCUUCCUCCACCCUAAAGAAAGCACAAAGCUGCCUGUGUGUAAAUUUGAGAAGAAAGAAUGGUACAAACUUUAGUGUCUGAACUUUGAGCUUCCAGGAAUCUGGAAUUUUAUAUCUAACACACGAGGAAUGGUUUUCCAUUGCUUUGCAUGGAAGUUCCCUUUUGUCUAAAGAAACCAUCUAAAUAAUUCCUAACCCUGAUCUAUAAAUGUCAUUUAUCCUUAGCAAAAUCGAUAUUUCUGUCCUUGACUGCAACUAUUUCAAGAUAUUAUCAGUAGUCUUAUUCGAUGGACAAUGAUGAGAGAAAAGAGCCGGUGGAGGAUGAAGAGAGAAAACAGGCAUCGAGUAGGGUCUGCUAUACCCAACUCGAACAGGUUCAUUCAGAUUUUGCAAUGGCAAUGGUUUUGCAGGAACAAGAAAGGGCUUUUACAAUCCUCACAAGCAUCGAAAGCGAUAGUAACGAGGAAGAAAGUGAUGAAGCUUCAAGUUCCGAAAGCGGUGCUGAUGACAAUGACUAUGAGUUCUUUCAAAGCCAAGAAUUCGAAUCUGAAAUGGAAUUUCUGCAGGAAGGACAGGAUAGUAACAGCGAUGAAGACAUGGAAGAGGAUGAGGUUGACCCAGACGAGCUAUCUUAUGAAGACUUGAUUGCGCUGGGAGAGUUUAUAGGGCAAGAGAAGAGGGGAUUGUCAAGAAAUGAAAUCUCUGCGUGCUUGCGUCCAUGCAACUAUGAGUCUUCAGCAAGCAAAACUGGGACUGAUCGGUGUGUGAUUUGUCAAAUGGAAUAUGAAGAAGAUGAAUCACUGGUAGCUCUUUCUUGUGAUCAUCCUUAUCAUUCUGAAUGCAUAACCAACUGGCUUCAAAUCAACAAGAUUUGCCCCAUUUGCACCACCGAAGUAUCAUCGCCUUAUAAGAAUGUUUAGUUAUUAUCCAUUUGAUAUGCGUUGUAAAAUUCCUAAGAUUCAAGAUUACUUUGAUUGUAACACUUGCGUUCAUGUACUCGAUUAAAAUUGUAAAUCAAGAAUUAAAGGUAUGAUAAGGUUUAGAAUAAA